ACCCUCCUCCUUCUGUGCCUUCACAGCUAAGAAGGCUCCUCCUCUCCUCUUCUCUCCAAACUGACUGCUCGACUAAAGCAGCGCACGAGACCGCUUCUCAUCAAGUUCAGUAGCAAGGAGGAGGAAGUACAGACAGACAGUAAGGCAAGAGUGGCCCCUCAAGUGGCCCAUUGAAAGUCAGGAGCCGACCCUGCAUGGGGGUAGAGGGGGCCAUGGAUGUCUCAGAGGAGGUGGAGACCUGUUUUUGCGUCCGUGUGUUCAGCAUGAGUGAAGACCUGCUACAGGGUGGCAUCCAGGUCACCCAGGAUGUGCCACACAGGGAUCUGUCGCUGCAAAUCAGCCAGGACGGGAGGGGGGUCGGCCUGGUCCUGUUGGAGGACAACAGGACAUGUGUCCUGAAGGCCACCGUUACUUCGGAGACGGACUGUUGUCGUGUCGGGGCCCAAUCCUUUCUGCUCUCCGUUGGCAACACAAGCUCAGUGUUGUGCUUCAGGACAUCCUCAGAGUUCCAAGCCUUCCAGAGUCUUCUGAGCCAGUGGACCAAACCCAGAGUGGAGCACUGCCCCUUCAACCAGCGAACCGAUGCCUCCUCUGCACUUCAGUACUUCCAGUUUUAUGGCUGUUUGUCACAACAGCAGAACAUGCUGCAGGACUACCUGAGGACCGCCACCUUCCAGAAGGCCAUUCUCCUCAAUGAGGCCGACUUCAAAGAUAAGAUAGUGCUGGAUGUGGGCUGUGGGACGGGCAUUUUGUCCUUUUUCGCGGUGCAGGCUGGUGCCAAGAGGGUGUAUGCUGUGGAGGCGAGCACUGUGGCCAAGCAUGCAGAGGUCCUUGUGAAGACCAAUGGCCUGUGUGAUAAGAUCGUAGUCCUGUCUGGGAAGGUGGAGGAGGUGACUUUACCUGAGCAGGUAGACGUGAUCGUCUCGGAGCCUAUUGGCUACAUGCUGCUGAAUGAGAGGAUGCUGGACAGCUACCUGCACGCCAAGAAAUGGCUGCGGCCCAAAGGCAUGAUGUUCCCCACCUCCAGUGAUAUCCACUUGGCCCCCUUCACAGACGAGCAGCUCUACAUGGAGCACUACGUCAGAUCCAGCUUCUGGCAACAGACGAGUUUCCAUGGCGUCAAUCUUAGCGGCCUUCACAGUUCAGCUGUGGACGAGUUCUUCAAGCAGCCAAUUGUGGACACAUUUGAAUGGCAGAUUCUAAUGGCCCGCUCCACCAAAUACACUAUUAAUUUCCUUGAAGCCAAAGAAGAAGAUUUACACAGGAUAGAAAUUCCCUUCGUUUUCAAGCUGUCACAAACAGGCCUGAUCCAUGGACUAGCUUUCUGGUUUGAUGUUGCUUUUAUUGGAUCCAGAAUGACGAUAUGGCUCUCCACGGCUCCUAACCAGCCCCUGACACAUUGGUACCAGGUCCGCUGCUUACUCCAGACCCCGCUCUUUGCCAAGAUGGGACAAACAUUAUCAGGGAAAGUGCUGCUCGUGGCCAACAGGAGGCAGAGUUAUGACAUUCACAUCAAUGCAGUCAUUGACCAGUCCGGGUUUAAGUCAGGCAAUUCGCUAGACCUCAAAAAUCCUUUUUUCAGGUAUGCUUAGUUCAACGUCUGAAGACCUUGCAUCAGUGGCUGACCUUGCAUCAGUCACUUUUAGUUUUUCCCACUCACUCACAACACUCAGUGGCUGACUGUUCAUUUUUUCCCACUCACAACUAAUAUGCAGAUUGGACUACAUUUUGAAACUUGAGGCUGAUUUUACAAAAAUGUGCAAACAGUUGUCACUCUGUGUCGAAUACAGGCUGUGUACGAGAUCAGAUGUGUUUGUUAUACUGUAUGUGUUUUUAUGGCAAAUAUGUACAGUGGAAUGUUUUAAUACAGCGGAAUAUAAAAAAUGUUUGAAAAUAAA